AUGAGCUCCUCCACACCCCCAACCUUCUAUCUCUGCCUUGAUUGCGGCGGCACCAAGACUGCCGCUGUGCUCUCCAACUCGGAUGGCUCCAUCGCGGCUCGUGCGCUGGGAGGCGGCUCUAAUGUGUCUUACCUCGGCAUCGAAGCCUUUCUGGCUGUCGUGCGGAGCGUCACGGCCAGCGUAGUCGCACUGGCGCUAAACAUCCCGCCCCCAGUGCUCCCCGUGACCGACGGCCAAGACGCGUCGGGUCUGCAAGUCCGCCCGUUCACGAUCAAAGCAGCAUGGUUGGGCGUCUCCGGCUGCGAUUCUCCCGCGAUGGCUCAGAAGCUGUACGCGCCCGUCGCGGAGUUACUCUCCCUCCCGACUCCACCCUGCCCAAACCUCAUCAUCUCGAAUGACACCCAUCUCCUCGCUGCGCCCGUACGCACCCUUCCAGAUGUGGACUCCGCCGUGGCCAUCAUCGGUGGUACAGGCUCGAUCGUCGUGUCUUUCCGUGAAGGCCAGGACGCCGGCGCACCGCUGAUCGAGCUCGCGCGCACGGGUGGUUACGGCUGGAUACUCGGCGACGAAGGUGGAGGGUUCGACGUCGGCCGCACAGCUAUUCGCGCGUUGUGUCAACAGCGCGAUGCGGAAUCCGCCGGUGCUCCAGCGCAGGCGCCGCUAGAGAACGGCAGGCCGCUAUUGCGCGAUCGCGUGUUGGAGCGUUUUGGGAUUGAGGACAUACUGGAUACGCUGGGGAUCAUACAUUUGCCCGAUCCUACGGGACCAAUACCCGUCCCCACGGAUGGGAAGUACAACUACGCGCAUCAUGCGCGCGAGAAGAGGUUGAGCACGCUCAGCCCGCUGGUGUUCCAAGCAGCGCUCGAGGAUGGAGAUCCGCUUGCGUUGAGCGUGUUGAAGGAUUGCGCGGGAAAGCUGGCAGCCCAUAUCGACAGUGUAUUGGCCAAACCAGAGCUUGGUGCUACGGAUCGGCGCGUACUGGCGUCUGGUGCAGUGGCGUGCUUCGGCGGUUCUCUUGUGGCCAUUGACGCGUACCGCGCCUUGGUUCUCGAUGCGCUCAAGGAUCUUGGUCAUUCAUUCGCGCAUGUUGAGGUCGUGCAGGAUGCGGCUGCGGCAGGAGCUGCGGCUCUUGUUGCCUCGUGGAAGGAUCGGGCAUAA